AUGGGCUGUUUGUCCCAACGCCAGCAGCAGCAGCAGCAGCAGCAGCAGCAGCAGCAGCAGCAGCAGCAGCAGCAGCAGCAGCAGCAGCAGCAGCAGCAGCAGCAGGCGGCAGCCAUGUUGAUGAUGCACAGCCUUGGUGGGGCGAUAGGGCUUAUGCUGGCCGGCGUGGUGCUGCUCGGCACCUGGCCAGCGGCAUGGAACAAAGUGGAGCAGAAGGGCCGGACACCAGCCCACAUUUUCAUGGAUUACGCGACCACCUAUCUACUGGUCGCCGUACUCGCCGCCCUCACCCUGGGCCAGCUCGGGCCCGACGGCAUCCCCCACCUCAACUUCCUCGAGCAGCUGCGGCAGCCCAACGGGCGUGUGAUUGGCUUUGCCGUUGCGGGCGGCGUAACCCUGGCGGUCGGCGACAUCGCCAUGCAGUACGCCACGGCCCUCCUCGGCCUCAGCAUCGGACCCCCGCUGCUCAACGCGACAACUGUGGUGGUGGGCGUGGUGCUGACCUACUUCCUGGACGGCGGCAUCAACAACGCCCACCUGGUCUUCCCAGGAAUGGCGUGCGCCAUACUGGCCAUUGCCCUGGGCGCAGCCGCCCACCUGUUCAGCCACCGAGGGCAGCAGCGGCAGCGGCGCGAGGGCGAGGAGCGGCAGGGCACGGGCGAAGAGGAUGGCGUGGAGGCGCAGGAGUCAGCCCGGCCGCUGAGGCCUGGUGACCUGUUGCAGAAGGGGAUAAUCAGUGAGGCUGCCCCAGGCGGUAGCUUGGGCACCGAGGACGCGACCGUGGUCUGCAGCAGCGGUAGAGACGUUGAGCUGGCGGCGCCGGCGCCGACGGGCGGCGCGCAGCGCAGCCUGAAGCGCGAGCGGUCGAUCCAGCUCGCAGGCGGCGGCAAGUGGCACCAGGGCGUUGCGGUUGCGCUGCUGGGCGGCGCUGUCUACAGCCUGUUUCUCCCCGCCUUCCAGAUCGCGGCCACCGACGCCUUCCGGCUGCUGCCCCCCGACACGCCGCCCCCCAGCGUCUGGACCACCAACUUCUACUUCGCAGCCGGCUUCUUCACCGCCUCCGCCACCGCCAACAUCUGCUUCUUCUACCGGCCCCCGCUGGGCGGCCGCAAGUCCAGCUUGGCGGGCUGGCUGCGAGACAACGACGGGCGCCUGCUGAGCGUGCUGUCCGGCUUGUUGGCGGCCGCCGGCGACCUGACCCAGUUUGUGGGCGGCCAGGCGGUCGGCUACGCGGCGGCGCAGCUGGUGAUGGCCUACCCCGUGGUGGGCGUCAUCUGGGGGCAGCUGCACUUCAGGGAGCACCGCGGGCGCGGCGGCGAGGCGGCGGCGGCACGCGCGCUGGUGGCCGGGCAGGUGGCGCUGUACUGCGCCGCGGUGGGGCUGCUGGCAGGCAGCGCCAAGCUCAGAGACACCUCAGGCGCCGGCGGCGCGCAUGCGCAUGGCUGA